AUGUCAUUUCUUCUGGUUCGUAUCGGAAAGGAAGAAAGCCAAACGACUUUUCAGGGCCGCUUACGUAAUACGGGUGCGUCCAAGCAAGUCGCAGUCACGUGUCGGUUUCGCGUUGAUUUUUGGCGAGAAUCUAAUAUUUCCGGGCUGAGCAGUGUGAGAGUUGUGUUGGUGUUGGUCGAAUGUGAUGCUCGGAUGCAGGGACUUUGCAUUCGCUACCUGGACGCUAAAAAUGUGGAUGGCCUGAUCGUCAUCACAACCAUCUCAUCACCAUCCGACACCGAACAAGCAAUUCCAGCUUCGAAGCCUUCCGCGAAGGAGCCUCGUACUUCGGUGAUGUCGUUCCUCUCCGGCAACACCAAAAAGGUGUCGGUGUACGGUCGCAAAGCCGAAGUCAGGGUCGUGAACCGGCACUCCACCUUCACCUCGCUCGAGAACGACGAGAACGAUCCUUUUGGCUUUUUCAAGCCGCAGACAAAGCCCAAGGUCACUUAUGGUAAAUCCCGGGCAUCCGUCUUGCCUUUGUCUUUGGGAUCGAACGGCGCAGGAUCGAUUCAAGACACUCUCAGAGACCAGUCUGCGGCAGAUCAGAGCUCGGCUUACGAGACGGCGGACUCCAGCUCUUCCUUUCACUCGGCUUGCAGCUCCACUGCACCUUCAUCUUCGAGCUCGAGCCGCUCGGCCAAAGCGAAGGAGCCGUCUGAGCAGAGAGCAGCGCUCGCAAGCAAGACCUUGAACAAGGACGAGCAGCCUGUAGCCAAAUCGCAGAAGCGGUCGAGCCCUAAGAAGGCUCUCGUUCGGAGCGCAAUCGAUGCGACACCAAAAGCACGUCGCACCAAGUCCAGCACAGGCGCAGUUGAUUCUCCCAGAACCGUCAGAAAGCCCGUUCCUGCCAGAUCAUCGACACCGACCUUGCCCAAUGAAUCAACACCACCACCCAACCAGCCCGCCGGCAGGUCAUCCCGACGAGCAGCACAAGCAGCACGUAUGGCGAUCCAGGACUACGACUUCACCGACAGGGACAUGACUCCGCGUCGACCCGUGCCUACCAAGUCGUACUUUGCCGAAAAAGCUCGACAGCUGGCCGAGCUCGCAGCGCAGGAACAACACGAGCGUCCGCAGCCGAAAGCUGUGAAGGAAGGAGGACGCGUACGGAAAUCGAUGGCUGCGAGACCGCGCAAAACGACCGCUCUCGGCACAUCGGCAUUGUCGGCGAUCUCCAUCUCCGACUCGUCUCUGUCCUCAGCCGCGGGCGUUUCAGACUCUUCGUUUGAAGCUGCCGGAACGAGUGAAUCAUCCUUGAGCAUGAUCGGUCCCAGCAGCGAUGAUUCGUACGCCUCGACAGAGAAGAGGAGGAGCGCUGCAGCAAAGGCGAAAGCCAAGCAGAACAAACGCGUCACCCGACGCAUCGCGGCGAACAGCGACGAUGAGGACGAGCAAGACGACAAGCCAGGCUCAGACGACGAAAGCGAGCAAGAUCCUGCCAAUCAACUCGCGGCUCAGGUGACCGACCUGGCCGUCUCGGAUGGUGACGAGGCGAUCGGCAACACCAGCAGCCUUUUUGGGCUCCUUGAUUGCGUCUCGCAGUCCAAGCCGAAGUCAUUUACAGAGGUGAUCCAGCAGCUUCGUUUGGGCACUGCUUCUUCACGUCGCCGUGUCGAAAAGAUUGGCGAAGCAAGCUACAGCGAGGUCUUCAAGAUUUUCGCGUCGUCUCGAGCCGAACAAAGCAAACACGAAGCAGUCGUGCUCAAGAUCAUCCCUAUCUCAAGUCCGAACUCGGUCGACGGCGUAACCGUCAAUCGAGAUGACCUACCAUUCACCUCACCAGCUGCCGACGUCGAGCGCGAGAUCCGGCUGAUGCAACUCGUCGGAAGCGGAUCUUGUGCCUCUGACUCAUUCGUAUCGCUACGUGCGGCACACAUAGUUCGAGGAUCGUAUCCCUCCGCACUCAUCCAAGCCUGGGAUCGCUGGGACGACAAACGACGCACAAAGACGGGUGAAGGCGCAGAAAACAUCCGACCAGACGUUCUCGGACGACAGCAAGUCUACGCCUUGCUCGUCAUGACCGAUGGCGGGAUGGAUUUGGAGAGUCUCAGGGUGAAAUCUUGGUUGCAAGCAGCUUCCAUCUUUUGGCAGGUGGUGGGCGGAUUGGGAGUGAUGGAGUCCAAGUACGAAUUCGAGCAUCGUGAUUUGCAUUGGGGCAACAUCCUCGUGCAGGGCGUCGCACAGGACGUCUCGACCAAGACUCACAGUCGAGGCGACACGUCGAGCUGGUUGCUUGAUCCAAAAGUCUCUGGAGUCAAGGCUACGAUCAUCGAUUUCACCCUGUCACGUGCUUGUACUGUGCCGGUCACCACGAAGCAGAAGGCGAAAAAGGACGAUGUGCUGCACUACCCUUUCGACGACGAAACGCUGUUCGACGGUUCGGGCGACCCACAGUUCGAAGUGUAUCGCGAGAUGCGAAGCGUCACGCGCGGUUCGUGGCAGAGCUACUUCCCAGCGACCAACGUACUUUGGCUGCGCUACCUUGCGCAUAAGCUGGUGGAUGUAAAGUGCAAAUCGCACGGGAUACCCAAGGCAUCUCAGGUCAACGGAGAUAUGGAUGCUCAGCGAGACUUGCAAGCUUAUACCCUUUUGCAGAAAGCAGUUGUCGAUUUGGAUGGCGCUGCACAGAAGCUGUUGGAAGAUGCGACUUGUUCGAGGAAGGUGGCCGCGGGAGGGAGGAAGUCGCUUCAUCCUCAAGCCAGGAAAUCAGUUUUGCCAUCUUCCGCGACAGGACUGAUGAGGAGAGGUAGAGCGACAAUGGCGCCUGCGGCACUAUUCGAAGCGUCAGAAGAGGCAAAGGCGUCGAAAUCGGCUGCUGAGCUCAUGUCGCUUCUUGAACAGUAG